CCAGCAACCUCACGACUCUAGAAACCCUCAAGAUGUCUCGCAAAAGACGCCAAAGCGAUAUAAAAGACGAAGCUACGCCGCCAGCAGAUUCUGGCCCCCAGAAGCGCCGGCGUCAAUACACUGAAGAGGACGCAAAAUUGGCACAGCUAUUUGAAAAUCUCGCAUCUGAGACCGAAGAUGUUCGCAUGAAUGCUGCCAAAGAGAUCGUGAAGAGAUUCUCACCGAAAAGCAGUCCGACUCCGGAGACAGUAGAUCGGGCAGUGAUCCGGCUGAUAAGAGGACUUUGCAGCAAUCGCAAAGCAGCUCGACUUGGCUUUGGCAUAGCUCUAACAGAAGUACUCCACCAGCUUUUUGGACCAGGAAGUUCGCCUCUAGAAGGGCUCGAUUUUAGUGCCGAGAGUAUAGUCGAUUUGGUGACCGAACGAACGAAACCAGAUGCCAGUGCCGUCGGCCAGGAAAGAAAAGACCACCUCAUCGGUCAAAUCGCUGGAUACAGAGCCAUCCUGGAAUCUACCAUCCUCGUCCAACCGAGCGUCCCAUUGGAAUGCUGGAACAAUUUACUCGAUCGCAUCUACGAGCUUGCACGCGACAAACCCUGGCUUCGAGAAGAAUGCGGCUCGGUGUUAUGCGGAACGGUCCGAAAUUUGCAGUCUAUAAAAGGAAACACAAAACACAUCGAGGAAAUCAUUGGACGGCUAUCUACAUACAAUCUAGCAAAGACACCUGAAGGGAUAGCUAUAUGGCUGGUGACCCGUUCACUAUUCUCCCAAGAUGUGCUGCCAGAAGACAUCUGGCGCAAGAAGGAUCCUCUUUGUACCAAGGAGAGGCGUGUUCUCGCAAAUGUGCUUAAAGAGAACUUUGUCAAUGUAUCGGAUUCCAAACCCAAAUCUGACAGCAAGAACGUCAAGGGUGGGUCUGCUCACUCAAGACCGAGUUUUGCCUGGCACUUUGUCCUCCAAGAAAUGCUAGGGAGAGAAAGCAAGUCCGAUUUCGCCAAGUUCUGGAUCGAUGUGGUUGACGAAAACCUAUUUUCGGCAUCUGCAUCUCUGGAACGCAAAUCCUGGGGCUUCCAGCUUCUUAAUAAUAUGCUCUUGACUGCUCCGGAAUGGGUGCUACCCUCGCUUUUCAGUCCCAAUCUUAUGAGAUCUCUGAUCAACCACCGGAGUAAGGAGGACAGGUUCCUUCACAACGCGACAAUGUCGCCUUUGAAAGCAAUGCAGACACGAGUUGAAGCUGAGCCAGGACUUGCGGCUCCGUUCGUAAUCGCGCUGACGUCUAAGAACGGCAACAUCAGAUUCGAUCAGCUUACGAAGACUAAGACCGUUGAAGGGCUCCUACUUCUCGCUGAUGAUGAUGCUCUUUCGAAGAUUGUGCAACACUUCAAUGCGCUAAUCAUUAGACCAGAGGAUGAAUCAGAUUCUGCUGCCGAAUCAUACAGGCGCGUAAUUGCUGAUAUGCUCUCAUCUCUCGUCAAAGGCUACAAGGGCUACGAUGCACCCGCAGACAUCCUAGGCUCUGCUAAUAAGAAGUCAUGGCUCCGAGAUUUACUUGACCAUUUCGUUGAAUUUGGUUAUUUUGUCCCAAAGGAGUCUGAGGCGGAUGAGACGGCACCGUCACCUCCGAUAUCAACUUCCAAUCGGACUACGUUCAGGGACAGGAUAUCGUCUUGUCUCGCCCAUUUAGUGGCGCUCCGACAGGAUAGCAAAUCGCAGAAGCGCACACCUUCAGGUCGAUUGGUAUCCUUUCCAUAUUUGGUAGCGUCAGGAAUCCGCACAAGGGCGAGGUCUUCCAAGACUUUGAAUCUGGUCUUUGAGGCCGAUGAUGAAGUCCUGGAUACUGUUAAGAAGGCCCACAAGCAUCUGAAAACGAUCGAGUCACAGCAAUCGUCCUCCGAGGCGGGCAAAUCAGCAACUAACGAUGCUUUCAUCUUACUAUAUUCCCUGACGAUCCUUCAAGUCUACAAUGGAGACUCCGAUGCCGUCUCAAUCCUGUCUGAGCUCGACGUUUGCUAUACAGCAAUAUCCGGGAAAACAGACUCGGAUAGCGAAAGCAGCUUUGACCUGCUACUUGAGCUCUUAUUGAGUUUCCUCGCGAAGCCCUCUACGCUCUUGAGGAAACUUGCCGAGCAAGUAUUUACGACUUUCACGGCAAGCGUGACCCGGGAUAGCCUCGGGUCUUUAAUUGACAUUCUGUAUAAGAGCGAGAAUCUCUCUGGCCAGCAAGAGCUCUUUGACCAAAAUGCCGACGAGGCAGAUGGAAGCGAGCUCGAUGAGAACAAGGAUUCUGGUGACGACUCAGACGUGGAAAUGAUUGACGGAGAGCUCGACUCUGAUGUAGAGGUAGAGGACGGUGACGUUCCAAGCGACUCAGAAUCAGACGACGAAGCCGAUAGCUCGGACAAGGACGAUGAAGAGGCCGCCAGAUUUGAAGCCCUCUUAGCAGGAGUCCUAAAGACGGACCCCCAAAACGGCGAGGCGUCUGACGCUGAGACCUCCGACGGCGAAGACAUGGACGACGAGGAGAUGAUGGCGCUAGAACCCCACCUGACCAAGAUUUUCCAAGAGCGAAAGAAGACAACCAGCAAGAAGAAGGAAAACAAAAACGCGAGAGAGACGAUGCUCAAUUUCAAGAACCGUGUCCUGGAUCUCCUCCUCAUCUACGUCAAGAAACAGCACCAGAACCCGCUGGCUUUAGGACUUAUCCUCCCUGUUCUGCGCUUGGUGCGCAUGAGCACGAGUAAGCAGCUUUCUGAGAAGAGCUUUAAUCUGCUUAAAGAGUAUUUCGAGGCUUGUAAGAAGGGGCUGCCGAAACCGGAGGCGCAGGAGCAGCUUUGGGAGAUUCUGAAAACUGUUCACGAGGAAGUGAAGAUUGAUGGGUCGAAGUUGCAUGGGAAUGCGUGUAGCAAGUCGAGUCUGUUUGUUGUGAAAGUGCUGGUUGCGAUGGAUAGGGAGAAUAGGGGCAAGGCUACGGAUGUGUAUAAGGAGAGUGAGCGGGAGUGGAAUCUGGAUCCGAGCUCGAAGGUGCAGUCCGGGUUCUUUAGUGAGUGGCUGAAUUGGUGUAUUCAGACGCGGAGGCAGAAGUGAGGGGUGUGGAGAUGACGGGCUUUGAUGGGUAGUAGCUGAUGGGUUUCAUAAUUUCAAUACUAUACCCGUCAGGACAAGCUGUCCCUAAUUGAUAUCCCCACUAAUAUUUCAAUCCCAUCUCUGCGCUUUGGUGA